GAAUUCGAUCUUCUACUGUCUUUCACGGUGCUCGGCGUGAAGUGGUGUAAUGUUAUUGUAAACCAUGCGUAUAGAAACGUGUUAUUUUUGUUCUUCCCGUAUCUAUCCGGGACAUGGAAUACAGUUCGUUAGAAAUGAUUGUAAGAUCUUCAAAUUCUGCCGAUCGAAAUGUCAUGCGGCUUUCAAGAAGAAGAAGAAUCCACGUAAAGUAAGGUGGACGAAAGCUUUCCGAAAAACAGCAGGAAAAGAACUUGCUGUAGAUCCAGCUUUUGAAUUUGAGAAACGAAGGAACAUACCACUGAAGUACGACAGGGAGAUGUGGUCAAAAACUGUGGAAGCAAUGAAGCGUGUAGACGAGAUCAGGCAGAAGCGAGAGGCCCACCAUAUCAUGCAGCGGCUGCGGAAGGGCCGUGAACUGGAGACCCAGCGCGACAUCAAGGAGGUACACAGGGACCUCUCGCUCAUCCGGUCUCCUGCGGCAGGCCUCAAGGAGAGGGCCAAGGAAGAAGCCUUCGUUCAGGUUGAGGAAUCUGACACAGAAAUGGAAGUCGCAGAGACUGUCGAGCCAAUGGGAGCUUAACCGUGACUGUGUGUACUUAUUUGUGCUAAAGGAAAGUGAUCCGAAGGACUCAAAAGUAAUCCGUGAUGUGUAGUAUGUUACACUGUGUUAAUUGAUGACAAGUUUAUUUUAGAACUUGCUGUUCUAAUUACGCCAAAUAAAUUCAAUAAGUUACCCA